GUCUCCCUCUCCUCGGUCUCGCCGGCCCUCACCAUCAAUUCCGACGCAUACACCAAACUCACUCGGCUACUUCCAAAGGUCCUCACCAAUGCUGUCGCCAUCACGGACAAAUCGUGGGAACUCGGCGCGCUCGUCCAAUCCCUACUCGAGGUGUACAACCCAGAGCUGACGGCGUUCGGGUACGAUGCGUCAUCGUUCGCCGUCAGCAUCCCUUGGGAUGCGAUGAAGGUGGCGAUCUCGUCCCUGUACGCGGUGGACUGGUCGGGAGCGCCCAGCGACUCCAAGACCACGGGGGAUAUCGGCCGGUUCCUCGACUGGUCUUCCCCCACCCCACUCCAACCUCGUCCACUCGUCGGCGGAGACGGAGCGCUCGGCGAUCCAGCCGCGCUCGGACCUAGCACCUAUCUCCUCGCGCAAUACGCUGGGCGAGAGGACGUGCGGCGUCUCCUCAGCAUGCGCUCAAAGGAGGACUAUGCAUGGGCGGUGGGGAAUCAGAUGGCGUAUCUGAGCAAUGGGAUAAAGAGCUCGAACGGGACUAUCUCGCAGCGCGAGGGUCAUUUCGAGCUCUGGGCGGAUAUGGGGUACAUGAUCCCGCCUCUUCCAGCUUACAUCGGACUUGCGACCGACAACAUCGACCAGAUCCGAAGCGGUCUCAACCAGUGGUCGCUCGAGGCCUCGGCGCUCCUCGACCCCAACGAUCACCUCUUCCGCCAUGUUCACUACUGGGACUCGCGGUACUGGGCCACCGGGCAAGCCUGGAUGCUGGGUGGAGCUAUGCGAGUGAUCGCUAGUGCACACACAGCUGGUUUCGCCACUCAGCUCGCAGACCAGAUCGCGCCUAUCGAGGAAAAGAUGGCCCAAGUCUUCUACGCGAUCUUCGGCAAGCUAGACUCCCACAAUCUCGUGCCCAACUACAUGAAUGAACCCAAUCCCGAGCUCUCGCACGGUGAUACCGCCGGAACAGCCCUCAUCAUCGCCGCCUUCUACCGCUACUACCUCCUCUACCCCUCCCGGAUCAACCAAUGGGCGCUGGACCAGGCCGACAAGGCGUUCAAGGGCGUCGUCGACAAGAUUGACGAGUCGGGCUGGGUGACCCAGGUGGUGGACCCGGAUGGAACCAAUGGGUUCUUGGUGUAUAUCAAUCUGGCGACGCCGAUGCAGAGUCCAGAGGCGCAGGCGUUCAGCGGGAUGAUGUGGGCCGCGAGGACCGCCGCGGGG